AUGCCAACGAAAGAUUACGAUAUGACGAAAAACUCACCCGAAAAAAAGCAGAAUCUAGAAAGUAACCACAACCAAUCCACUUUCACGUUCCCAAUUGAAAUUCUGCCGGACAUUCUUGAAUACUUUGCAAAAGACAGCACGACACUAUACAAUCUAUUGUUUGUAAAUAAUGAAUUCUGCGAUGCGACAAUUCCAAUUCUAUGGCGAGAUCCAUUUGGAAUAGUAGAGCAAUGGAAAAAAUCUAAUCGAUCGAAAAUGACUGAAUUUUUCAAAAUUUUUUUUGAUGGACUUUCGAAAAAUGAUGUGGCAAUGAUAGAAUCCUGCGGUUUCGCGAUUCCGCGAAUUGAGAGAGAACCAUACGCUAGCUAUAUAUCUUUUAUGCAAGUGUUUGAUCAUGAUGACAUUGUGCGAGCCCUUUUAGCUUAUUUUCAAUCUUCUUCGGUACCUCGACGAAGAACAGAUCCGAAAUUUUUAAGUUUUUAUAUACUGAGACAAGUCUUUCGAUAUUCGAUAAAGAUCAGAAAAGUGUCAAUAAUGUAUUAUGACAUCGCCGUACGUUCAAUGGCAGAUAUUAGCUCAUGGUUCGAACAGAUUUCACAACGACACCAAAAAAUCGAAAAAAUACAAAUUUCCGAAGCUGUUCAUUUAAAUGGAUCCCAAGGAACAGUAAGAUCUCUCGGAUUCUGGUGCGGCGUCGUUAAACUCAUCAAUAGUCAAAGAAAACUUCAAGAACUUGAGGUUUUUGGAGUGCAUCAAGGAAUCGAAUAUAUUUUUGAUUUUCUACGGCUUGGACACGCAACACUUUCCAAAAUUCGAUUUGAUUCAUGCGGGAUUCCAAACGAGAAACUUGCUGAAAUUACCGACUGGAAAAUCCUCGGACAAUUGGCUGAAUUACGCUUUUCUGACUGUGUGGUUGUUGCGUCAUCGGAAAUACUAUUUUUCGUAAAGCCACUGGAUUUGACGUUUUUAUCAUUUCUGGAGCCGAAAAUGAUGUUGAAAUCAUCGUCAGAUUGUGACGUUCAAUUCUCUUCAUAUACGAUUGACUCGGAAAAUAGUUCAACCCAAGAUCUAUAUUCAAUCAUACAAGUAAAUCGGCAAUGGUGUCAAGUAGCGAUUCCGAUCCUAUGGAGUUACCCAUUCUUUAAUUACUACUCGUCGAAAGCGUCGUGGAAAAUCAUUACGACUUACUUGGAUUGUGUUCCGGAAGCGGAUCGCGUUUUACUCACUCUCAAACCGACGGCGCCAAAACGCAAGAGAUCAUUUUUCAGAAAAAAGUAUCAAAAUUCAGAAUUACAAGCUGCUAAACAAUCAACGACUCUGAGAAUUAAGGUGGCAGUUGAGUGGCGAGUGAGAUAUCAAGGCGAUCUCUACUACAAAAAUGCUACACUGGUCCUCUGGGUAAUACUGGAACUCUUGAACAAAGAAGGAUCGAGCAUAUGUGAAUUAACGGGGACGAUUUCUAAUGGAAUGAAUUUUCAUAAUGUCAUUGACUUGCCAUCAACGGAAAAACUUUGGAGUUGGAUUUCGAGAAUAAAAAAAUGUAAUUUGAAAGUUGAAGAUUUCCCAAGGUUGGAGGAUUGUCCUGUGUGGCUUGAAUUCUUACCAUCAAACAUCGCAUCUUUGGAAUUGAAUUUCCGCAUAUUUCGAUCAACUCGACAUUCCGAAUUUUUACCACGACUGCUCAAAAAGAUGGACAACCUCCGCGAAAUCAGGAUAAUAGACUCACCCUUCAACUCAUUUCGACAAAAACCCAUCGUUGAAUAUCCUCGUCGAUUUUCCCCAUCUAACGAUGCUCAAAUUCAUCCAGUGUAG